GGUCAGCUGACCCCAGCAUGAACGAGUUUGUGUAAUUUCAAAGGAAAUAUAAAGGUGCGUGUUGUCAACCUCUUCAUUUUAUUUAUUUGAAUGUAUGCACCAGAAUAUGUCAAACAAUGGACCCCGCUACAACAAUCCCCACGGCUCCGAUGCAGAACGAGUGUGAGACGGAGUCAAGUCCAAUCUGGAACUGGUGGCCUUCUUGGCGUCCAACCUCCAUGUCACUUUUAAAGACUACAGAGUCCAAGAUUCUUGCUUGUAUACAGAAUGACCUAUGGGCUCGGUUUGUGACACUGCCAAACCAGGAUCGAAUAUGGACUCUGACUCUCACCAAGAAGGCGGCGCCCAAGCCUGCAGAACAGGCCCCAAAGACUCCGCUUGUGAUGGUCCACGGCUUUGGAGGAGGGGUAGGCCUGUGGAUCAGGAACAUGGACGUGCUGAGUCGGUCGCGGCCUCUUUACGCCUUUGACCUCCUGGGCUUCGGCAGGAGCUCCAGGCCUCCCUUCCCCUCAGAUGCUGCCAAGGCUGAGGAGCAGUUUAUCGAUUCCAUUGAGCAGUGGAGACAGUCCCUAGGCCUGGAGAACAUGAUUCUGCUGGGACACAGUCUCGGGGGGUACCUGGCUACCUCCUACGCCAUCCAGUACCCUUCUAGAGUGUCUCAUCUCAUCCUGGUGGACCCCUGGGGUUUCCCUGAGCGACCCCAGGCAGAGACCCAGGAGGGUCAAGAUCAGCGGACGGAGGUGGUGAAGCGGCCGCCCCUGCCACGCUGGGUGAAAGUUAUUGCAGCAGUGGUUUCCCUCUUCAACCCUCUGGCCGUCAUCAGAGCAGCGGGGCCAUGGGGUCCAGGCUUGGUGAACAGAUUCCGUCCCGAUUUCAAAAGGAAAUUUGAAGACCUGUUUGAGGAUGACACUAUGACGCAGUACAUCUACCAUUGUAAUGCACAAACCCCGAGCGGGGAGGUGGGUUUCAGGGCCAUGGCGGAGUCUCUGGGCUGGGCCAAGAGGCCCAUGCUGCAGCGGGUUCACCAGCUGCCCCCCUCCAUGCCCCUCACCAUGCUGUAUGGAGCUCGGUCCUGGGUGGACAGCUCGUCUGGGGACAGCGUGGUCCAGAUUAGGAACCAGGCCCACACCAGAGUCAUCCUGAUAGACGACGCCUCUCACCAUGUGUAUGCUGAUCAACCAGAGGAGUUCAACAGAGUGGUGGAAAAAAUAUGCAACUCUGUUAACUGACGGCCAGUGUGCGCGCGCGCGUACGUGCGUGUGUAAAAGGACUGAAAGCAUAGAGACAAUUCACAAUGGUUUUAGCACUACAACCUGUGCAUGUGGAGCAUGCUGGAUGUUUUGGCAUUGGGGCAUAUCAAAACAUCCCGUAGCUCAACAUGAGUUUGACUGUUCUUUGUUUCCGAGUCCUGUUCUCAUAGUAACAGGAUGUUGAUCUUAUCAUUGCCAAGUUUUCUUGUAAUUUAUAAACUGACAUAUUGUAAGGAUAUAGUUUAGAACAUGAUUUAAUUAGUUUGUUCAUGUGGUCAUACAGAGUAAUACUUGUUCUUCUUAAUUCAGAGCCAAGUUAUGUUGCCCGUUGUUAUAUUUUAACAGUAAGUUAAAAACGCGCACACUACUAUGGAUGCACUGGGUUUAUAUGUGACGGAGCAGCCACAUGGCUACUGACUCACACUUUUUUUAUGUGCCUGACUUUAAGUACUGUAUCAGAUAUUUUGUCUUUAAUCCCUGCUUUCCUCUUAUAUAUUUCCCACCCUAUCAAACACCUGUUUGUAUUUUAUACCUUGAAAACAAUAAAAGCUUAUUUG